UUUUAAGUCGCGGUUCCGCAACUGAUGCUACUUUCAAGUUGCAAGGUAACGAUAUGACUCUUCUAACAUAGUUGAAUUGAGAGAAUAUUUUUAACUAGCAACUGUUUUAGCCAAAUUAUUAGCUAACAACGUUCACAUAAAAACGCAGGAAGAUAUACGGAAAUUUGUACAAGCAAAUAUGUAUUACGUUAAGCCGCGCCGCAACUAGCUGAUAGCCGUAACUGUACAGGGCAAUGCAGGACGUUUUUAAAAACUUGGAAGGCACCGCACAGUUGUUGGCUGUGGCCCAGAGCGAGUUUGUCUCAUGUUGGGAUGACCGUGCUGUGGAAAGAGCUUUUCAAUGGACAGGUUACUGUGAGCACAUUCACACCAGGUUUAAUGAAAACCAAGACAUCAGAAAAGCCCUGGAAAAUAGACUACAGAUGAUUAACGAACGACUGAGAACCACGUUUAUGGAAUACCGAGAUUUGACUUUUUCUGAUCUGGCACAGUGUCAGAGCAUAUUACUCAUGAAUCUGCUGAAGAAUCCAGCAAUUUCCAGCUCGGUGGCUAAACUACUUUUUGACAGGUGCAGACCUUGCAUGACAGCUGGAGCACGGCAGAGUAAACAGUCAGUUUUUGAUCACCUUGCAGAACUUCUUAGAUACACAUCUGCCGCCAGACUCCUCUCUCACCAUUGGAAAUUAAGAAACUGUGCCCUAACAUCAGACCCUGAAACCGAGACGCAGGGAGUCUUGCUGACGGAACGUUUGCUGAGGUUACUCUCCCGUGAUGAUUCUAAACGUCGCGCGGAGGAGCUAUUGGACAGUAUCCUGCAGGAUUCCCAAGACGCAAUGGACUACAUGUCUAGAAUUUUGGUACUGGCUAUUUUGCGGGAUGCACGCAGUACAGAUGUCACAGACUUCAUGCUGAAUUGGUUGCAAAACAAACAUUGUCUUCUUCAAAACAUGUGUCUCACUUUGCCGGUGUCUCAGCUUACAGUGUUAGCCCAGCAAUCUGUUGAAUUCAGGGAGUCGUAUUCUGGCAUUUUGAAAGACUGGGCUUCUUCUCUUCAGUUUGACGUAAAUGAAGGGGAGUGGGUUCAGAAGGACGCCACUGGCGUUUCUUUUACGACGCUAGUUGAUCAUUUUCGUUCGUUACUAGAGGGAUGUCCAUCAUUGAAAGAGCACACAGAGCUAAACCUGAUAACACUGAAGUCAGCUGAUGGGGACUUCGACGCGAGAGGUUUGAGCGUGUGGGGCGAUCUCCUCCGCAAACUAAAAAGAUGAACUUGAUGUUGAUUUUCCUCCAUUGUUUGACCGUAUACUUGUACAUAUAGAUGAGAAGACAAAAUUAAAUAAAACUAUACAUUUUGCACCCGAGUAGAAAUGCACGUUUUUCGAUCAGCAUAAGUUGCAGUAUGGCAAAAUACUGAGAAAUGUGGCAACAGUAUAUAUUUAUGUUAAUACAGCACAAAGUUUUGUUAUUUACGGCACAUGCAUGGGCUACAGUGAUGCAUGGACAACAAUGAUGUGUUGAGAAACUAGUUAAGUGUAUUUGUAAAAUUUGUGUCCAAACGCAGUAUGACCAGGCCCAGCACUGUGGGGUGCUUUGCACCCCCAGACGGUCCCCAGUGCACCCCCAGCUCCUUAUAUCCUGAUGUACAGCAAUUAUGACUUUUUGUG